AUGGGCGGCUUCUCCGCCAACGGCGCCGUCACGAGCGCGGAGAAGUCGUCUUCACAAUCGACCCCACGAACGUCAUCGACCUGGAUCAGAGGGGGGGGAGUGACCCCGUUGACGGAGGCCAUGCAGACUGGCGACGUGGAGCUGGGGGUCGCCUCGCUCUGGGACAAGAAGAACAUCAAGAAGUACGAGGCCAACUCGGUACCUUGGACGAACGAGGCGGAGCUGGCGAAACUCAAGGGCCACGUGGUGGUGGCGAGCGAGUCCGGGACCUACACGGUGCCGAAGAAGGUCGGCAACGAGGAGUUCAGCUGGGUGGCCGUGAUCAGCGACAAGGUCGACCUUCACCAGGCCGCCAUGAAGGCCAAGGAGCAGGGCGCCAGCGGCAUCAUCGUGCGGACCGGAGAGGGCAACUUCCUGGAGAAGCUGAAUCACUUCUCCAAGCUCAACGAGAGCCCCGAGGGCCCACCGUGUCUGGCCACGGUGUUCGUCAACAAGGAGGUCGGGGCCCACCUGGACGAGAAGGGCAUCGUCAUCACGGAGGGCACGUUCAAGCGGAAGCACGUGACGGAGGCCAUGCGCACGCUGGGCAGGGCGGGCAAGGGCACGCGCGACCCGCGGGUCAUAGGCGACGUGCACAAGGCCUUCGGCAAAGCCUACCUCAGGCACUUGGAAGACGUAGAGAAGCAUCGGCAGAAGAACGUGAAAGACGAAGUCGUCGAAGACGCGGCGGCAGAUUCCGACGACAAAAAGUUCAAGUGGAAGGUCGCGAACACGAACUAUAUCCGGAGGGACCAAUAA